CAAACUGGAGUAACUUGGCGUCAAAGUUUUCCGAGACCUCGGACAGACACUCCAAAUCUCCGAGGACGGUCCACCAUGCUUACGAGAAAAUUCGGCAAACCGCUUCCGAGUCCGAGGCAGGCACAAAAUAUUUGCCAAAUCUGGAAUUUGGAGCAAUACUACUUACGUCACAGCCAGUGAUAUCAUAUCGGUAGAGUAUACAUUCACCGAUCAAUUCAACUUCAUUCAAAUCCCUGUCCUACCUACCAUCCAUACAUACAUAGCUUUUGACAUUGCAUUUCAUCAAUCAAGAUAACUAUUAGCCAUGUCGAGCCUGAAUUUCUCCUGCGCCCUCGUCACCGGCGGCGGAGGCGGUCUCGGCAAGGCAAUCGCUUCCUAUCUCCUCGAACAGGGCAAGAAAGUCAUAAUUGCUGGUCGAACCGAAAGCACACUACGCGAAACAGCGAAGGAGAUCAGAGCGACCGAUUACUUCGUCCUGGAUACGGGAGUCACCUCUCAAAUACCGACAUUCAUUGAAUCCCUGAUCAAAAAGCACCCCGAUCUCGACUGUUUGAUCAACAACGCCGGCGUUCAGCGGCCUCUGCAAGUGCUAAAAGAUAAUCCAACAGAAUUCCUCACCAAGGCCGACCAGGAAAUCGACAUCAACAUCCGAGGACCCAUGCACUUGACUCUGGGGCUGUUGGAGGACUUCAAGAAUAAAGAAAGCGCUAUGAUCAUGAACGUCUCUUCCAUUCUGGCAUUUGUUCCAUUCUCGGUGAUUAAUCCUGUGUAUAAUGGCACGAAAGCGUGGUUGCAUUUCUGGUCGAUGAAUUUGCGGUCGCAGUUGGCGAGCGGCGGGUUUGAUAAGAUUAAGGUGGUUGAGGUUGCACCGCCGUCGGUGGGGACGGAUUUGCAUCGCGACCGGGAGGAUCCCGAUGAUAAUAAGAAGCAUAAGAAUCCUAAUGCGCUCACGGUGGAGGAGUUUAUGGAUUUCUUCAAGGAGGGGUUGGAGCGUGGGGAUGCGGUUAUUGCUCCUGGUAUGAGUCGCGAGUUUGUGGAUAAGUGGGAACGGGAGUUUGGGUCCGCUUAUGUUAAGCUUACGGGGGGUAAGUAG